GGUUGACAUAUAAAAAGAAACUAUAUGCAAAAAAAACACAAAAUAGCAAUUCUUUAGAAGCACUAGAAAUCACACAGACUGGGCCAAUCUUUAAUACAUUUUCCAUUUUCCAUACAAACCCAUUUUUUAUCAGACCUCCCCCUUUUGUAUUCCCAGCAUUUUAUUAUAAUGGUGGCUUAAGUUGACCUUGACACAAAAAAAUUACAUGAUUUUGGUGCCAAGCUUUUUUCAAUUCAAUUCAGUUUUUUUUUUGUAGAGGGCUUUUAAAAAUGAACAUUGUCUCCCAAAAAGCUUUACAGAGAUAACGCGGUUAGAAAGUGUUAUAAACGAGUGUACGUUUUAUUGGCUAUAAGUUUGUUGAUUAUAAUUGUAUGUUUAUCCUUAAUGAGCAAGCCAGUGGCAACCGAAGCGAAGGGAAAAACUCCCUGGGAUGGCAUGAGGAAGAAAUCUUGAGAGACAUCAGACUCAUCCUUAUCUGGGUGGCACUGAAUGAUCAUUCAUUACAGUUCCAUCGUUGUUGAGUUGCGCUGUGAUGGCCGCUGAAAAGCAAAACUCUACCUCUCACACGCUGUUCCACCACAACAUGAUACCACAAAUGCCUCUGUUUGGCAACGCAUUUAGCCCCAAGAAAACACCACCCCGAAAAUCAGUAUCUCUCUCUAGCCUUUAUACAUUGGAUCGAUCCACUCGGGAGAUUGAGUUAGGACUGGAGUAUGGAGCUCCUAUGAUGAACAUUGGAGGUCAGAGCUUGAAAUUUGAAGAUGGACAGUGGAUCACAGAGUCAGGACCUUUAAUGUCCAGUAAAGAGGUGCAGAAGCUGAAGAAGAGGAAUCUGCAGUUAGAAGAAGAAAACAAUCUUCUAAAGCUUAAGAUUAAACUUUUUAUAGAUAUGCUCUUGGAAACCACAGUUGAGUCACAUCUAAUGCAGAAAGAAUUAGAAGACAUUAAGAGACACUACAUACACAGGAAGUAAUGCGGAGCAUGGAUUUCAGAUUAUUGUGUUUUGUAUACAACAUUUCUGUUUUUCUUCAUAGAAAUAAUGUGCCAUAUUAUUCAAAUACAACACUUCUUG